AUGGAAGUGGAGGAAGACGGAUUUGUGAUUGUGGGACAUUCCAAGUCAGACCCCAGCAGGAUGAAAGAUACUUUGGCUGAAGAAUGGAAACAGGGAUUGAGUGAUGAAAAUGUAAGGACUGAUAAAGUGACUGCAUCAAACAAUUCCUUUGAUUCAUACCUGGAAGGAGUCCCGUUCACGGUUGGCUCCCGACUGAAGCACCUUGUGGUCAAUAAGAGAGAGAUGGGAUUGGAAUUAUCAUCAGAUACAUCCUUUCUUACACAUGCCAUCUACGUUUCUGAACAUGAUGUAAUCAAAGAAACAGCAUAUCCUCAGCCACUAGGUAUGAGAGGAAACCACGAGAGUCUUAGGGAGUGCAAAGCUAAGCGACGGCAGUUUGUUCACAGUGUGAUCAACUUCAGUUCCCAAUAUGGGAGUGAGAAUAGGAUUUCCUACACAGCAGUAAACCUUGUCGGGAAGCCAGCCAAAUUCCCUUCAUAUGGAGACUUUCCAGAGACAUAUGCACCUCAAUCAUAUGGACCUUGGAAAUCCAUGAGACCUUCUGCCCUACAUAGCUGCAAGAAUGUCAAGCGUAAGAGGGACAAGAAGCAUCUUCCAGCUGAUGACUUUGUCGAUGUGAAGUACGAGCAGGAAGUGUACGGGGAGACGCUCAUCGCCCUGGAGACGUUCAACCCGGGGGCCAUCCAUCGGGUGUGGGCCCUGAGGAGCCAGCGCUGGUAUAAGGUGUGGGAGAGGAGGUCGAUGGAGGUCAUCCCUGUGGCCAGGUCGAGGAGCCAUUCCCUGAAGUUGAGGAGAAUCCCGGUUCCAGCCUGCACCUAUCGUAUCGAGCUCUAUACGAGGCACCUGAACUACAGUCCCCAGAUCGAUGCCAUCAUGUUGAUAGGAGAAGACCCAAGAGUGCAAGAAAUGGAGACAUCAUCGAAGACCACAGUUCACAUUGUGAACCUCCUGAAGGAAUUCAACAUGAUGAGUGUUGUCUCAAAAUCCCCAGAACAUAUGCAAGAGGAUUUCUCACACCUCCUGGAAGAUAUUAAUCAUUCUCCAUCACCAGAUGACACCCUGGCGGCUUCAAAAAGGGAAUACGAAAAAGGCAUUCUGUUUGAGGAAGAGACAUCACCCAUCUGCCACUUUGAUCGGCUUCCGGACGAGGUGAUCCACGUGAUCCUGUCGUUCUUGGACCUGCAGAGCCUGAGCUCGAUCGCACGCGUGAGCAAGGCCCUCGACCGCCACACGCAGGACCCUCUCCUCUACACCCACAUCCACCUGGACGCCGUCUGGCCGUGGACGGACGACCGCGUCCUGCGUCACCUGAGUUCUAGGUGCCUCUGCCUUCAGGCCCUGGACCUCUCGUGGUGCGGGGAUCACGGGAAGGUCACGGCCGCCGAGUUCUGCUCCUUCAUCAAGACAUGUGGAGAGAAGCUGCAAGGCCUGUGGCUUGCCAAUUGUCGGUUCCUCGACGAGGAAUGCCUCCGAGCGAUCGGGGAGACUUCGGCCAAUCUCAAAGGUGAGCUGGACCUGUCCGGAGUGAAGAGCCUCCAUUCGCUGGAGAUGCACUGGCUGAGUCGCCUGCGAUCCCUGGAGCACCUGACCCUCUCGGACACCCGCAUCCAGCUGGACACCCUCCUCGACGUCGUCCACUUCAACCCGGGCAUCCGACACCUCCACGUCGGUUCUUGCAGUCAGUUGAACCCAUUGGACCACCUGGCCGUGGUGUUGCCUGUCCUGACCCCCUACCUGUCAUCUCUGAACGCCUGGAGGGCCCAGGGUCUCACGGGGGUCGGGAUCACCGCCCUCUCGCGCUGUCAGAACCUGCAGGAGCUGGAGAUCGGGUGGUGCCAGGAGAUAGGCGUGAACAACGGCGGCUGCCUGGCGUCCCUGGCCCAGGGCUGCCCCGGCCUCGUGCACCUGGGCCUCAGCGCCGUGCGCGCCGUGAGCAACGCGGACCUCGCCGCCGUCGCCUCCCACGCCCGCCGCUUGGAGCAGCUCGAGCUCUUGGGCAACAGGAACCUCUCAGACAAUAGACGCCGAGAAACAAAGGCA